CCAUCUCUCUAUCUACAUUUUUUGUCAAAUUUUUUAAUCUUGGAAAAUUCAUCACAAGAUUUCUUCAUUCCAGCCAAACAUCUUUCCAAAACCUAGUUCUAUUACCUUCACCUACCUCCCAAACAAAACUAUUCCCCACGAUCUCCUCCAUCUCACUGCCUUCCCUCCCUAAGGAUACAAUAUGUUCCCAUAUUUUUGAUACUCUUCUCCUUCUACUAUUGCCUACACCCACUUUGCCCCCUAUUUCCAUUAAUUCAUAUGUAUUUUCAAUGGCUUUUGUUGUCAUCCGCCGUCUAUUUAAGGACCUGAGUUGAUGGCAAAUAUUCAUCAAAGAAAGCAAAGUAAAACAAUCAAAUUUCUUGAUAUUAUAAGUUCAAGUGAGGAAAAUGUCGACCUUCUGUGGCAUGGGAAAUGGCGUUCAGGCUUGGGGCAACAGUAUUAACAACAAUGGAACCAAUAACUUGGGGCAGUGGUUCUGGAGGCCAGAGCUAUGGGCAAGGUUCUGGAUCUAACCACGUAAGUGGUGGAAUGUGGAGUGUCAAUUACGCAGGCAUGCCUGGUGCUUAUGGUGGCCCUAUCAACGUAGGCCCUGGUGCUGGAGGAAUGAAUUUGGGCUCUGCUUUUUUACUUGCAUAUAGACAUAGUUAUUAAGAGCUGUAUACGUGUGUUUGCCCAAAUAUAGCGCAGCAGAUGCUGAUCGUAUUGUGUAAGUCCUAAUUCUACAAAUAUAAGUAAAUUCUGUUG